GUUGUGAUUCCUUCACCAUCCUUCUCCGCGAGCCGCAAGCGCUGUCCUUGGACCUCACCGCCGUCGAAGCCCCCCUCGGUCGCCGCCGUGUUCCUCUGCGUGCUUCCGCCCACAGGACCUAUAUUUCCCGUAUCGUCUUCUUUUGCGACGCCAACCCUCACCUCUCUGAUGUCCUCCCGCCUUCCACUCCUCUCCGCAGCCGCCACCUGCAUCAGCAGUUGAUCUUCUUGGAAGUAGGAACUUUCCGUCUUCCCUUCUCGUUCACAUGCAACUUUAAUCGCGGCCGAUCUACCGAGAAACUCUGACCUUGAGCUUUUUAGGCUGAGACAGCUAUCAACGGGAGGAAAUCCUUGCGCGGAAAAUGAGUGCAGGUGGAGCAUUUGGUGGAAAUAGAGGAGCAAGACCUGUACCUCCUGAAAAAGGUGUAUUUCCCUUAGAUCACUUGCAUGAAUGUGAUUUGGCAAAGAAAGAAUAUAUUGCUUGCCUCAAAUCAUCAGGCUACCAAUCAGAAAAAUGUAGGCACUUAUCAAAGAAGUACUUAGAAUGUCGAAUGGAAAGAAACUUGAUGGCUAAACAAGAUCUAUCUGAGCUUGGCUUCCUCAAAGACCGCCGAACAGCUACAUCUGAAGAGAGCACCAGUGGCGGUCAGCCCAAUCCCUCACCUGCAAAAAAGACCAUAACUUCUUGAAGGUCAAUGACUACGUAAGAUGAUACGGACAUCUUUAGCUUCAUGCUUCUUCCAAUAACAUCUACUGGUCUCGUGUUGUUCGCUUCCUCUCUUAGCUUUUGGUACUGUCGGAGACACAAGCUCUGCUACCGUCAUCUUCCUCUCACUCGCGUACGUCAGCCUUCUAUUUGAAGUUUCUAUAUAUAUAUGUUGUUGACA